GCAAAAAUCCCCCAAGGGUGGGGCUUCUUCUUGUUUACUUGAUCUCAUACCGCUACAUCAGGCAAAAAAAGGAGGAAAUUACAAAGAUAUCACCAACUCAAGGUCUCUGUCCAUUUUAUCGUCAGCCUCGACUGGAGCUCUCUCCUGCUGACGCUCCCAUCAACCCCUACUCCUCCACAACUCGGUUGGACGCUGCAGUCAGAACUGAGGAAAACUGCUGCUGAAGGUGCAUUCAUUAUAACAGUGAAUGAACAUGGCAAGAGGAGAAAUCGUGGUUCUUUUUCUGUCUUUACUGUUUGAGUCCUCAUUAACUCAAAAACAAUGUGUAAAGGAGACAGACUGCCCCAAAGAGAACCAGGCUGUUUUCAGUACCUCUACAACAGAAAUCCCACGCAUCCUAAAACCAGGUGUGACAGAAGUUUUCUUUUUGGAAAGCCUAAUUGACACAAUCCCCAAAGCAGCCUUUGUUGAAAACCCCCAUCUUGAAAAGGUGGAGUUCAUGAGCACUACCACGACAUCUAUCGAGCCAGGAGCUUUCGAAGGUUUGGUAGACCUCAAGCAAAUUGAGAUCUCCGGCACUCCAUUAAAGUUGAUACCAGUGGGAGUCUUUAAAGACCUCAACAACCUGGAGAAGCUUGUAAUAAAGCUUAACAAGCUCCGUAGUCUGGAGAACGGCUUGUUUGAGGGCCUUAAAAAAUUACGAGAGCUCCUUUUAAACAUGAACAAGAUAGAAUCGAUUGAAGAUGGGACCUUUGAUGAACUCGACAACCUCACAGUGCUCCAUUUGGCUAAAAACAACCUCUCCGCUGUAUCUACCAGCUGGUUCUCAAACCUAAACAAACUACAGACGCUACGGCUUUAUGAGAAUCAACUGACCACCAUUCCUGAAGAUAUUUUGCAGAAUCUGCCAAACCUAAAGGAAAUUGGCUUGCAGGGAAACAAAAUAGCAGAAUUGUCACCUAAUCUAUUUCCACAUAAAGACAAACUAAGUAAGGUGUGCCUGGAUAGUAAUCAUCUGACUAGUUUACCUGAAGGAUUCUUUGUUGGCUUCCCUCUGCUUAAAACACUGACCCUACAGAAGAAUAAACUGACGAGUCUACCACCUGUGCUUUUUGGAGAAAUGCCUAAAUUGACAGAGUUAAGCCUGAGUCAGAACAAUCUCAGCGCUCUUCCUAAAGGAAUAUUCAGCCCUCUGAAGAAAGUCAAGAAGUUAGAUCUGUCUAAGAAUCAAUUUGUCACCUUUUAUGCUGAGAACUUUGAAGGUCCUGAGAGGCUCACAGACCUGAAUCUACAGUACAACAAGAUAAAGUCACUGGACGUAAUUGUGUUUGAAAAGCUACAAUCACUGAUCACACUCAAGCUAGCUUACAACGACCUCCAGACGCUUCCUGGGGAUAUUUUUGAGCCUUUAACAAAACUGAGAAAACUUUACCUUAAUGACAACCCUUGGCGCUGUGACUGUAAUCUGAUAGAGCUUCACCUCUGGAUGAAGACGAACUCUGACAAGCUUGUGUCUCCUGCUGUCUGUGAGUAUCCAGAAGAUCUAAAAGGACAAGAAAUAAAAUCAUUACCAGAAGAUCAACUUAUCUGCCCCACCCUUCCACCCACAACCACUACCAUAACUACCACAUCACUCCCAACUACAGAACCAACAACCACUAUUCUCACUACCACAACACCACUUCCUACUACAGCAACAAUAAUAACAACCGCAAUGGCAACCACCACUACACCCCUCACAACCACCACACCCAUCACAACACUUUCAACCACAGAACAAACAACCACCAUCCUUACUACCACGACAACGACCACUACUUUGCCUACCACCACAACACCUCCCACAACCACCGUAGCCAUCACCACAUUGCCAGCCACAACACCAACAACCACUUUGCCAACUACGACUCUUGUCUCCACCACACCACUAGCCACAACCACCACAACAACACCAACAACUACUGUUCUGCCAACAACCACACCCACAACAACAAUUCCACCUACUACGACAACUAAACCCACAACUGCUAUGACCACAACUACACCUUCAACAACUACGCCCACAACCACUACAACCACAACUACAGCUACAACAACUAAGCCCACAACCACCACUCUUCCGACUACCCAAACAACGACACUUCCUCCACAAACCACUCCAGUGAACUUCACCUGUCCCAUGGAGCCAGUCAUUCAGGAGCCAUCCACUUCCUUCAUGCAUCAGUACAGAGACAAAGUUCAGGGGUGCAAAUCUCAGAUGAUGAUCUACAUCGCACUGCUGGUGGUGGAGAUCACCUGCACAUUGGUACUGGCUAAGUUCACCCUGUCUAUUUACCGCCUGCUGCAGCGCAGGGAGAGGAUGAACCACAGGAUCAAACUCACUCGCUUCACCUACAGAAGGGAGGUCAUCCUCAGGCCUCUAUGAGAGGCAGAGACUGAAGGACAGCACUUUAGAGGAGCUCAUUCUUUUGAUGCCAGUGAUGGUAAAUGGCCUCAUCAGCAGCCAAAGCAUCCCAAGGUAAGAUGCUAAAUCCCUAAUUACUCAUAUAAAGAGCAACAUGUAAUAUUAGCAAAAAUGUUAAUCGAAUAAAAAUAAAAUUAUUGCUGUGUAUUCCUAAAAUUAUCAUGUUAUGCUGCUUGUAAGCAUAGUAAUGUGUUAUAUGCAUAAUGUAUUCUACAAUGAUUAAAAAACUCUGUCAUGACAUGAUUGAAGUCCAGGAACUUGGCCACUAAGAACACAAUCGUACAGCAGGGGGAGACAGAGAUCCAUGAGACUUAAUUUUCUGUCUCAUUUACAGAAAACACAAGGAGAUAUGGAAAUUUUAUCUAACACAAUCUAGGAUUGAUGAAUACGUGUCUGUUAUUCAGAUGACAUUUUGUAAAUUCAAUAAAAUGUAUUGGCUUGUUUAUUAAGUAUUACAGCUUUACCUUCUCUAUAUUUGUAGUUUUCUGUUAAAGUAGCAAACUUACUUUAUAAAAGCUGAAAUUAUUGUAUUGAAAUUGAUCUUUUUAUCUAAACAAAUGAAUCCCACAGGUCAUUUCAUGAAGAGAAAACACUGAACAGGGGUCUAGGACUGGGAUUUGUGUUUCAUAGGGUUUUCUUCCUGGUAACUGAGAGUUAAACAUAUUAAUUAGGCUUUAUUGGCAGUAGCACAGAAAGACAACGAUAGGCCAGAUUCAUUAAGUCUGUGUGAGCAUACGUGUGUGCGCCUAUGUGUGUGAGAUGAUAAAAUAAAAAGCUAAAAUUCCCUUAAAAUAUAAUUUACUAGAGUAGAGUAAUGACAAUAACAUUGAACAGUAACUAUGAGGUUAAGUGUCAACUUUCUUUUUGAGGUUUUUACAUAAAAGUUUAAUGAACUUUGUGUGGCUCUUUAUACAUUAACUAAAAGGCAUCUAAAAGGUAAAGGAGGGUUUGAAACUCAAAACUGUCCACACCCUAGACUGCCUUAAAACUUAAACCUCCUUGUUACCAAAUAAAGCCAUACCAGUAAAAACAUAUCACUGUACAGUAUAUCACAGAAUAACUACAAAUACUGCAAGUUGAACUUUGUAUUUUGUUCGAGAUGCCACUAUUUCUAAGAUUUACAUGAGCAAAUAAGCUUAUUUAUGACUGUUAUAAUCAGUGUUUUUGUUAUAGAUUUUUAUUAAAAUGAAAACUUUCCUUUCCUUCA